CCAAUAAAUAAAACACAACUUAACUCAACUGGUUUUCAAUACAUGUUCGCUUUUCUCACUUUCGUUUGUAAAACAGUCUACAGGUAUCAUGGCAGAACAACGUUGGGUUCCUCUUGAGUCAAAUCCAGUUGUUCUAACCAAGUAUAUCCACAAUCUUGGUUCGCCUGAUGACUGGCAGUUUGUUGACGUGUAUGGUCUGGAGGAUGACUUGUUAAUGAUGGUACCACGGCCAGUAGCUGCUCUCAUGCUCUUAUACCCAUGCACUAAGAAGGUUGAAGACAAUCCGAUCGGCACUGUAAGCCCCGACUUGACAGACAGUGUUUACUUCAUCAAGCAAAGCAUUCGUAAUGCAUGUGGAACCAUUGCCAUUGUCCAUGCCCUAGCAAAUAAUGCUAACAGCAUUAAGUUUGAUGCUGACAAGUAUUUCAGCAAGUUUAUUGAAGAAACCAAAAACAUGUCUCCAUCUGAACGAGCUCAGUUCUUGGAAAAGGACAAGAAUAUGGGAAAUAUACAUGAAGAAAGUGCGAUGGAAGGACAAACAAGGGCUCCUUCUAGUGAAGAAUCGGUUAAUCCCCAUUUUGUAGCUUUUAUAAACAAGAAUGGAAAGCUCUUUGAAAUGGAUGGAAGAAAAGAUGGCCCAAUUGAUCAUGGGAAGACAACUCCUGACACCUUUCUUUCAGAUGCAGCCAAGGUUGUGCAGCAGUUCAUGAAACGCGACCCGGAUGAACUGAACUUCAACGUGAUGGCGCUGGUGAAGACCAAAGACUGAAGUCGUCUGUAAGUCUCACCAGCCAGACAUGUGUCCGGUGACUCCAGAACUAGUCAAUCCGAGACCAGCGAGGCGAUCAUUCUGCACUGGUUCCAGUGUCUUAUUGUCUCCCUUUGCUUCUUGACGGGCCUUGUGCUUUCAUGAGCCACACGUGUCGGUAUUGUCGCAACAUUCCAUCAGUGUUUUGGACAUUUCUUUAAGGUUUUACUUUCCUGGUAAGAUACUCAAUUUCUUGUUCACAUAAUGUAUGGUGCCAAAAAAAGAGAGAACAUUAUUGUGGUUAAUUCAAGUUAAAAUAGCAAAAACUACAAAUCUGUUUUGGGUUUCUUGUUGACUUUUUUUUUAUGGACUGAUAUUUACAAAACAAUAGAUACAUUAAUUCAUUAAUUGAUUGAUAAAGGUACUUUAGGAAUGAACAUAUCCGACAAUUCAGACAACCACAGAUCAGUUUGUUUGUUUCAAUAAUAUAAAAUUAGCCAUAGAGUAUCUGGAUUUGCAACCAGAUAUCCUUAUUACUUAUGCAUACCUGGAGAAACUUAAAGUUAAAAAUCAAAAUGAGAUAGCUUUAUUUGUACUGAACUGAAUGUUUGUCUUUAGUAAUAUAAUAUUAUGUCAUGGAAAGUCUACCUGGUGUAAUAUCUAGUCUUGGGGUUUUUUUUGUCAAGUUUUGUCAAGAUUUGUUUUUGUUCGUUUAUUAAGAAAUACAAAUUAAAAAUAUUUGUAAUGUGCUUGGACAUUGGAUACAUUUCAGCAUGUCAAUGAAGAGGAUUUUAAAUUAAGUGCAUUGAUUUUCCUACCAACCAGUUGAUUAGCUUUGUAAGGCAUACAUCUGUUUUGUUCUGAUGGAAAAUACAGAGUUUAGUGUAACCAAAUAGCAAUGUGAUGGUAAUAUCUGUAGGAAUUAUAAGCACCACAGACAGUAUCUUUUUCAACAAUACAAUGACCCUUUUAAAAUAAUAACUAAAAUGAUUUUUAAAAAGAAUAACAUGCUAAAAGAUAGUUAGGGUAUAUAAGGGUUACAUUUUUAUAAUGGAAAUUUUAAAAAUGAUUUCUGCUUGCCCAACCCCCAACCACCCCAUCUCAAAACAAAAAGAAGAAGAAGAAGAAAGAAAAAACCCUGUAAUGAGAAAUAGCUGAAAUAUAUCCCUAUCUCUGGAAGUACAACUUUAAUUCCUAUUUUAUAACUGUCUUAUUCCUUGAGUUAUUGGGCUUUAAACAUGCCAUCAUGUUGUAUGUAUGUGUAUGGCCAUUGCUGACUCAUUUUGUGCAUGGCAGGGAAACCAUGCUUACACAUGACUUCAAAAGGACAUGCAUCAACAAAAGUUAUUGUGUGUUGCUGUUGUAUGAUAAAAGUGUAAAAAGAAUAAUUUGAGUUGAGUUAUAUUUUAAUAAUAAUGGUUGUUGUAGUUGUGGGCAGUUUCAGGGGUGAGAUGGGUUGGGGUAACGUUGACAUUUAGCUUAUGUAAUUGUAAUAAUAUUUAUUGCUGUUGUAAGCUUCAUUAAUAUAGUGUCAAGUUACAUAAUUAUUCACUUUUAAGCUCAUUAUUAUUAUUUUCAUUUCUAAUUUCAAUUGAACUCAGUAUCAGGAACUAACUGGACUCUGAUUAUUGCUUACUGUAAACAUUUUCACGGACAAAAUUAACAGAUGCAGAUAUGUGAUGUGUUGUCAUAUAUAUGAAUAAAUAUUGCUUGUUGUAA